CGGUAGCAGCAAACAAAACACACGACCGGCGAUCGACACCAUACUGAUCGAGACGGCGUGCGAAAACAUUACAUGGAUGAGCUUAUUUCGGAAACAAAAAACAUAGCCAGUGAUCCAAUACCAUCCUCGGUGAGCUGUGAAAUGGAAGAAGGAGAAUUAUCGGAUUCGGGAGAUGAAACUAUUUACAUCGAAUCAAAACACAAGAUUAGCCCUGUGUCAUCAUUCCAGUGCAGAAGCAGCUAUAGAAGCGUGAUAGAAACUGAUGAAGAUGACAGUGAUAGUGACGCAGAAAGUAUAACAUGGAAAAGAAAGAAACAAAAAGUCUGCCAACAACAGAGGAGUGUAGAUGUUCAGGACAUUGGAAAUGAUAUUCCAAAACCUCCUGUUAUUCCAAAGAGGAAUGGAAUUAAAAAAAUUAAUAACGUAUGGGGAGCAGUUAUACAGGAACAAACUGAAAAAAUGGUAUCUUCACAACUUACAACUUUUGGGUUGGAUUUUAGUGCUAAUCGUGGUGUUGAGAGUUACAACCAUGAGAGAAGCUUGGAGACGCCGACAGCCCUACCAUUCGGCUCUUACAACCAAGAUGCCCUGCCUCAUAGGAAAGUUCCUCAAGCGGUUGUUGAGGAUGACGAUUGGUUUGGAGAGAGUGCUGAACCCUGCGUAAAUAGUAAAGACAUCCCGGAUGAUACUGAUGAUGGAAUGGUUGUCAACGUAAAAGAGGAUAAUUCUACAAAACCAAAUGUAAAACGGAGAUUAGGGAAGAGGCCGGAACAUUUACCAUCUGUUGUUGCCAGGCGAAUGAAAAUUGAUCCUAGCGAUGAGAUCAAAGUUGUUGCAGGGAAAAUUGCGUACUCUUUAUGGGAACCAAAACGCCAUCUUGUAUUGAAGACGGUGGAAAUGAUAGGAACAGAAAAAUCUACUGAGAUUUAUAAUAGAGCGAUUGAGAUAGAAGAAGGGGGAGGAAUGCUGAUUAAUAAUCAGUCAAGACGAAGAUCUCCUGGGGGAGUGUUCUUCUAUUUACUUCGGAAUUCUUAUGGAUUUGAAACAAAGCUGUUAGAUGAAAUAUUUGAUGCUGAUUGCACAGGAAAUGAACAGAAGUGGAAAAAGACUAAAAAGAAGAGGAAAAAACCUGGCAAAAUACAACUUUUGCUGAAGGAAGUGAAGAAAGAAAAAGAAUAAAUGAAAAGGAUUAUAGCAUGUGAUAAAUAAUUUAUGCCAAUGAUCUGAAAAGAGAAAAGCAAGAAAUAUCUAAAAUGCACCUGAGAAAUUGAUGAAAGAAAGAGAACAAAAAGGAAAAUAACUGGUGAUAAACAAACUUGUUUCCAUGAAAUGAAUAGAAGAAAGAAAAAAUAAUAAAACUAGAAAAAAGAAAACUAAAAAAUGGACAACAAACAGCUUAUACUGUAUGAGAUGGAGAGAAG